AUGGGGAAAGGAAGGAAUAAGAACAAAGACAAGGAUGCCUAUUCGGGCCCAUCGAAUCCACGCGGCCAUCGAGGUUGGUUUGAACUUAAAAUUUAUUUAUUCAAUUCGUGUACUCCAUUAGAAAAUUGAGUUUUCUUCAUGAUCGAGAAGAUAAAAAUAAAAAUGAAAAAUUUUCUGAAUUUAGAUGAUGACGACAGCGACAGUGGAGAUUCGAUAUCAACUCAUUUAACGUUUGACGACGAUAUGCGCAGUGUUCAAGGUUAUCAUUUUUUUCUGAUGACCCAUUUUUGCGAAGCUGUAAUAGGAACAAUUUUCACACCGAAGACUCGUUUUAGACAUGUUUCUCAAUUUCUUUCUCGAAAAUUAUAGUUUAGGCGAUGUCGAAAAUGUCGAUGAUAUACUGGACAAGCUGGCAGAACACAUCGAACACGCACAAGACAAGAAAAAGUAAGAAAUUUUAAGCUUAUAAAAAAUAUUAUCCAGAAUCUCCCACUAGUUCUUUCAUCUGUUUUGAAUUUAAUUUCUGAUACUGAAAAAACUUUCAAAGAAUUAUUAAAAAAAUUCGAUUUAAAAAAAAACAGAGAUGAGCAUUUUUGGUUUUUUUGAGCUCGAGCUCUUGAAAUUUGAAUAAAUUUUCUACAAAUUAUACAGUAAGGUUGGAAUUAAUAGAAAUUCGAAUUUUUAUAAUAGUCUUCAUUUUUUUCGGUAGAUAACUCACUGGUUUAAAAUAAUCUAUAUAUCGUUUAAGAUUAAUUUUUUUGGUAGUGCUUCUGAGAAAAUUUUUAAAUUUAAAUUUCUAAAAAAAGGUCCAGAAAUAUUUGAGUUGAAGUUUUUCGUUUCUAGAUCUGUUCUCUUUUAGGGGAAAAGUUGAAAAUUUUAAGACUUAUUAUUUCAUAUGAACUCAAUUGAUAUAGCAGACAAGAGCGUUUUUAGAUUUCCAGCAAUCAAUUUUUGUAAUGUUUUUAUCAUUCUCUUCUCCGAAAUCUUAGCUUACACUUUUCUUGUUUUAAAUAAUUUUCGAUUGUUUUUUUCUUAAGUUUAUUCUAAUUAUCUCGGAUAAACAGGAAAUUUGAACUUUUCAGCAUCAGCGUGAAGCUUGCCGCGUUGCAAGGAAUUCAGUUGGCUCUGACGUCACACUAUCUUCCGGAUUUCUCGACUCGCUACAAAGUGACGCUCAUUGACUUGAUCACCAAGAAUCUGCACAACAAAACGGACAACGAAAUCGUUGUGUCGGCGGUGAUCCUCGCCUUACUUGCCGUUCAAAUCGGUCAGUUUCAAAUCAGCCUAGUCCUAGAAAAAAAGAAAAAAAAUGUUUAAUCAGUUAUAUGUAUUUCGGUUCCAUUUUUAAAUUUUCUUUUAUAUUUUUAUAAAGUUUAUCGGAUUCGAAACUUACAAGGGAAGUAUUCUUAGCUCCCGGUUGAAAAUUUCACGAAACUUGACGAAAUUGUACUUUUCUUGAUUCCAGAAAAAUAAGUUUACUCAUAGUUGAACUCUUUUCCGAGUUGUGACGCUUCAAAUAAUCCCUUUUCUACAUUUCUUGUAUAUUUUGCGAAUUUUGAAGCGUUGUAACCUGAAAAGGAAGUCUAAUGGGGCAUAUUUUUCUUUGAAAUUGGGAGGUUUCACUUUUUCAGCCAGGUUCAAUAAAAAAAUUUUUACCGGAAAAAAAUGUUAUGGUCAAAAAGAAAUUCAUUUUUUUGAAUUUUGACCGAAUCGGAAAAAAUUCCGAAAGUAUCUUCGAUGUUUUUUUUUUUUUCGCUUUACCCCAAGAAUAUUAAUCAGAAAAAAACUUCAAGGUUGCUUUUUCUAUAUGCCUCUUUAUCAGAUUUCUCUUUAUGCUGUACAAAGUUUUAUUACAGGAGGCGAAAUGAGCGAAGACGUAGAAGAGCCAUUGGCGGCGAUGCGGACGAUCGUGAUGGACGGCUCGCGGUCUGACGCCCUCCGCUCUGUCUGCGCUCUCUCGAUCGCCAUCACCACCAGACUCUCCUGCGAAAGCGACGAUUCUGUCGCCGCCAGCGUCAAGGUUCUCUUCAAAAGCUAUUUUUAAAAAUCGGGAGAAGAAUUUGAUCGAAAAUGAUGCCUUAAGCACCCACUUUUGAAACUAUAAUACUAGAACUUUGAAACUAAAUGUUUCCGAAACUAAAAACUUGUGCAGGUAGCGGUCUUUGAUCUGGACCUUAAUUAGGUGUUUGAACGACUUUUCAGAUAAUUUCAUAGUAGGAAGUAAAGUUUAAGUGUCUUUUUUGUUUGAGGUUGAUUUUAAUCGGGGCUAGAGGAUUCAGGGAAUCUGAAAAAUGGAAACUUCAAGGAGCGCGAAAUUUACUCUUAUUUUUAUGACAAGAAAAACCGCUGCAGAUUUAGGACCAUAAAAUUACCGUAAAACGAGGAAAUAUGAAAUUUUUGCAGGCUUGUCGUCAUGCGUGGUCUUCCGUCAAGCUGGGCGCUCCCAACUCUCGACUUUUCACCAUUUCUUUGGCCUCCUGGUGUCUUCUUCUUUUGGUAAGAGCUUAGUUUUUUUUUCAACGGUCGCCUGAAGGUUUUUUCGAAGUUUUGAAAAUAAUUAUGGGUUUCAAACGUUGCAAAAAAAACUUUGGAAAAAAGGUCGUCUCGAGUCGCAUUUGUCACAAUUUUGAUCAUUGAACAAUGACUUGAAAGAAAGUUCAUUUUUCGCGGUUAGGGUUUUCAAGAAAAUUUACCAGAAUCUUAAUGUACCAGGUGAAGAUCCUGAAAGUUCUGAACCCUUUAGUUACCUAGUCUUUGAAAAUAAGGCUUGAAAUCGGAGUUUGGCUUAUUCCAACAGAAUCGAAUGGUUUUUUCUUUGAUUUUGAGGUGUCAUUUUUCGAUUGAUUGUGAAUUUUUGAAAAUUAAGUCUCUCAGGAUCUUUAUCUGAUUUAUCAGGAUGUUUUCCCAGCUAUUUUUCAGGGGAUCCUAAUUAUUCAAACUGACCUCCUAUGAAAAAUAGCGUUCUUUUGAAAUAAAAAAAAAUUGCUGAUAAUUUGAAGGACGCUGACAACGCGACUCUUUCGUCAGCCAUUCUCGACCAGCCCAAGGUUGCCAAUUAUUUGGAUGCCGACCAAUUAGACAAUCGUGUGGCCGCCGGCGAAGCUCUCGCUUUCCUCACCGAACUCGUCGGCGAGAACCGUCCCGGCUUCACCUUCCCCAACCAUCAACAUGUCCUUGAGGUUUUUUUGAAUUCUUGAAUAUUCCGCCUUACUACGAGAAUUAGAAAAAAUAAUAAAUUUAUGAAUAUUUUCAGAUUCUGGAACGCCUUGUUUCGGAAAGCACAAAGAGCAAGGCCAAACGCGACAAGCGGAUCCAGCGUCUCACUUUCAGGUGAUUCUUUGAAGAAUUUUUGUCGGUUCGCGAAACUGUAGCCGAUCGGUAAUUGCGCCUAGAACAUCCAGGCCUUCUUGAGAUAGUAAUAGACGAGUUUUGAGCGUUCUGAAGAUCAGCUGCUUCUCCAUGUGAGAAUAGUACGGCGCUUAGCUUGUUCAGGGCGGGGGAUUAUAAGUUUACAAGGAAGAACUCCCGGUUUUCAGAGAAGUGUACGCUUUCAUGAAGUCGUCGGACGAUGCUCCUUCGGUCAGCAUUAAAUUUGGCAAGGAGUCGUUGGUUUUGGACACCUGCUCUAUAAAACUGUUCUACGAUCUUUGUUGCGAGGUGAUUUUUAAUGAGAAAAAGACUACAAGAAAUUAUAAGUGCGAUACUUUGUGAUAACUUUGCUUAAAAUUGUCUAAAUCAAAACCGAAAAAAAGUUUAAUUUAGACUUUCUAAUAUUAAAUUUCUUAUAUUAAAUAUGAAGCUUGGCACCUUUGAAGGUAUAGGAAGCGUUUUGAAACAAGCAAUAAAAUGAGUAAUUUGAAAAUUCCUUUAAAAAGCCCAGGGCCACUUCCAUUUUUUAUUUUUGUUCAUGUCAAAGUUAAAAUGAUCAUAAUUUUCGGUGGUACGAAGUUAUCAAGACAUUUGAGAAACAUUUUGAGAAAAAAAAUAGAAAAAAGUAUUGACACUUUGACCGCUUCGCAAGCCUGGACGCUGCCUCAGAGCCGCCAGUGCGCGAAGUUCUGAUUAAAUUCCAAGAAGAAGACCUAACUUUUGACAGGUUCUACGCGGAGGAAUGCUCAGGCAACUCCAACAGAACGAGGCUCUCCGGGACGUCUUCGACCUGGGACCGGUGCCGCUGGAGACGACAGGACGUGAAAACAAGGCCUUGAAGGUCCAUUUUGUUUCCUGAAAUAUUUUAGAAUAAAUUUCUAUUUUCAAAAAAGAUUAUUUCCAGAUGGCCAUUCACGAAGCGGCGGACAAAUAUCGCAAUCAAGUGCGCGGUCGCCAAAGAGACAAAAGAUCUACCGUUUGGUCCUGA